AUGUCCAGUGUAACACCCCUCUCUGCUCCCAAUGGCUUCCUGAUCAAGAACGAUAACGAUUUCCUUAUCGAAGUCACGCAUCCUGAUGGUUCGACGCCGACAGAGAUCCCGCCUGGCGAAACACAUGAAUUCUCAAAACAAGGAAAAUAUGUGAUUCAACACUCAGGCACUCCGCCGACGGUGGAUGACAACUUGAAUUCCGAGUCCGGCCAUAUACUAUGUAUCUCCGCGAAAACGAAUCUAGCUAGGGAUUGGUUAGAAUGCGGUUGCGAUCUGCCGAGAGUCAGCGACACAAUGCUAAUCAACUUGGCGAUGUAUGCAUGGUAUUCCAUUUUGCUCGAUACAGCUAUUCUGGAAUCGGUAUCGGCACAUAGCGAAAUAUGGUACGACCCCGUUUCCGCAACCGUCGUCGGAACUCAUGGCCCGCGACAAGCAAAGGAACCAUUGGCUAUUGGCAGCCGUCACCUCCGAACGUCCUUCACCAAUGACAACGACAACCUUCUGUGGUUCUCCACGUUCAUCAAAGUCGUCGACUGGCCCAUCGCCAUGCCAACUACCUAUGCGCCCGACAUCGAUUCCAUCGCCUUCAGAGUGUCGCACCCAGGAAACAUCUGUAAACACCACACACGUCAGGACGUGCACAAGGCUGAGCAGUAG